GUUAUAAUUGAAGCACUUCGGGAACGACGGCCAUGCUUCGAGGCCCGUAAUCUGCCUAACAUGAAGUUCGUAAUCUUGUCCCUCUUCGCUCUAGCCACCAACGGUGACUUCGGCAAGGUAGCGAAGUACCCGGACUCCGACCCUCUUACCGUCGAAACCUCUACGGGCACCUUCACCGGGCUGAUUGAUCCCAAGUUUCCUAACACUCUCCAGUUCCGCGCUAUACCGUUCGCGGAGCCGCCCGUGCUGUCACGUCGCUGGCUGCCGCCGCAGAAGCUCUCGUCGCCGCCGAGCGAGCAUCACUAUGCAACGCGGUUCCCACCGUCUUGCCCGCAGUUCGUAACGGCGGUAACCUCUAUGUGGAACGUGAACUUAACCAAAGGCAACUUGAUCUACAACGGUAACCAGAACGAUUCGUCGGGGCUAGUGGGCGAGGCUACGUCCGAGGACUGCCUGUACCUAGCGGUAUGGACGCCAGGAUCCACGGCGCCACGGCCUGAAGCCGGGUUCCCUGUCCUCUUCUUCAUAACAGGCGGCGGCUUCAUAAUUGGUGGCAUCGAUAUUCCGUGGCAGAUGCCAACGUCGUGGGUCGAGCGGUCGCAGUCGCACAUUGUCGUUACCAUCAACUACCGCCUUAAUAUAUUUGGCUUCCCCAACGCGCGUGGGAUAGCGGAUGGCGAACAGAACCUUGGCAUCCUUGACCAGCGCGCCGCACUUGAAUGGGUCCGCGACAAUAUUGCGGCCUUCGGCGGCGACCCAAACCGCAUCACACAGUGGGGGCGGUCGGCUGGGUCCAUUAGCCUGGAUAUCCACGCCUAUGCUUUCCCCGAGGACCCUAUUGCCCAAGCCUACUGGCUGCAAUCGGGGACAAUCUUUAGUGUUAACACGCCUCAGGAUCCGAUGCAUUCCAACUUCAGCUUCGUCGCGCGCCACGUUGGGUGCGAGUCCCCUGCGGGCGACGACGAGGAUAAGGACGGCAUGGCGGAGCUCGACUGCAUGCGCCACGUGCCGUUCGCGAUGAUCGAGAAUUUCAUCGGACAGUACGGUGAUCGAGGCGAGACGCCGACGAUAACCUUCAGCGUGAUUCGCGACGAUCGUAUCGUGUUCAAUGACUAUCAGGCGCGUUCCGAGGCAGGGCAUUUCGCGCGCCUGCCAGUCAUCAUCUCGAACACGGCCAAUGAGGUAUCGUCCCUGGUUCCGUGGCCGGUAGAAAACCUAACCGCGGGCCCGUACCAGCCAACCGUUACCGCUCUGGAUAUCUCGUUCAUGGUGUGCCCGACAUUUAACUCGACCGUAUAUCGGAACCAGAUGGACGUACCCGUCUUCCGGUUCCAGCAUGCGGGCACGUUUCCCAAUUUAAACUAUUACGAGUGGCUCGGCGCGUACCAUGCCAGCGACAUCACUAUAUCCUUUGGGACAUAUAGGCUUCUUGAUGACAUAGCGAACACUACCCAGUUCGAAAUUGAUGUCAGCGAGUCGAUGCAGGACCAUGUUCUCGCCUUCGUCAAGGACCCAUACAAUGGCCCGCAGGAGACGAUGGGCUGGAAUCCGAUGGUCGCUGGUGAUCCGCACGGUGGAGAUCUCAUCCGCUUCGGCGCCGACGGGAUAGUGUCGCAGCAUGUCGAUGGUAUCGAGGUGGAUGGAGUAUGUAUAGGGAUAGGAGAGUACAAUCCAUUCCCUUAACUAGGCCUCAACUAAAGGUCGAAAUCGAUCUCUACAGAAUCCAUGCCAAUAUAGGUCAUUAGGUUAGGCUAGGUGUCGGACCUUCAAGGCUAGUACACCAAACUAUUAGUCCUGAAAGGAUAUAUGGCCACGUACCGUACGUUAUGGGCUAAUGUACUCACUACCUAUCGUACCACACAAGUCGUGCCUGUGGGACAGGCAUCGUUCAUUCUUGUCUGUAUAAGGCCCUUGUGGCCGCUGUUCACUUCUUUCAGGAAUCUCCAGAGAUUAUAACCUCUUCAAUACAAGACUAUUUUCCCA